CAAUUCCCAGCGGGAUAAAAACCGGGAGCGAAGCGCCGCGCUGGCAAUUCCAGGGAUUUUCCGGGAUGCGCUCCCAAAUCCGCCUCCUCCUGGCGCUGCUCUGCGCGUUCCCCGCGGCGGCGGCGCCUCCUCCGUGGGACAGGGUGUGGGGAGACGCCAAUCCUUGGGAAUGGGGGGAGGAGCGGCCGAAUUCCCGGCCGAAUUCCCGGCCGAAUUCCCGGCCGAAUUCCCGGCCGCGGGCGCCGGUGGAGGUGCAGUGCCGGGAGGCGCGGCUGGAGGUCACCGUGCACCGGGAUCUGUUCGGGAACGGGCGCCUGGUCAGCGCGGCCGAGCUCAGCCUGGGCCCCGCCGCCUGCAAACAUUCCCGCCUGGAUCCAUCCCAAAAAACCGUCACCUUCAGCGCCGGCCUGCACGAGUGCGGCAGCACCGUCCAGGUCACUCCGGAUUCCCUGAUUUACCGGACGCUCCUGAGCUACGAUCCCAGCCCCGGCAGCAACCCGGCCAUCGUGCGCAGUGACCCGGCCAUCAUUCCCAUUGAGUGCCACUAUCCCAGGCGGGAAAACGUCUCCAGCGGCUCCAUCCGUCCCACCUGGGCCCCCUUUAACUCCGCGUUGGCCUCCCAGGAGAAGCUCCUGUUCUCCCUGCGCCUCAUGAACGAGGACUGGAGCUCGGAGCGGGACCUCUCGGCGUUCCGCCUGGGGGACGUGCUGAACCUCCAGGCCGAGGUGGGCGCCCACAGCCACGUCCCCCUGCGCCUCUUCGUCGACUCCUGCGUGGCCACCCUGGGCCCCGGCGCCGGCAGCGAGCCGCACUACGCCAUCAUCGACUUCAACGGCUGCCUGGUGGACGGGCGCUCGGAUGCCACCAGCUCGGCCUUUGUCACCCCGCGGCCGCGGCAGGACGUGCUGCGCUUCCAGAUCGACGCCUUCCGCUUCGCCGGGGACCCGCGCAGCCUGAUCUACAUCACGUGUCACCUGAAGGUGACGCCGGCCGAGCAGAGCCCCGACGCGCUCAACAAGGCCUGUUCCUUCAGCAAGGCGCGCAACGCCUGGGCGCCCGUGGAGGGGACAAGGGACAUCUGCAGCUGCUGUGAGCGGGGCAACUGCGGCCAGCGGCCACCACAGCCCUGGGACGGCCACCGCCACCGCAGGGACGACGGGCACGGUGCCACCUCUGAAGCUGACGUUGUCAUCGGUCCCGUGCUGCUCUCGAGUGCCCAGCAAGGCCAGCGCCCCGAGGGCCACCAGGGCGCGGUGACACCGCUGGCCCUGGGGACAGCGCUGGCCUGCGCCGUGGCCACCGUGGCUGCGGCCGGAGCCGUGCUGGCCAUCGGCCUCAGGCGCCGCAAUUCCCGAUAAAGCCCGGAAAUCCCAAAAAAUCCCACGAGCAUCGGUGGAAAUCCCAAAAAAUCCCACAAGGAUCGAUGGAAAUCCCAAAAAUCCCACAAAGAUCAAUGGAAAUCCCAAAAAAAUCCCACGAGCAUCGAUGGAAAUCCCGAUAAACCCCGGAAUGACUGACGGAAAUCCCAAAAAACCCCAAAAUGAGAGAUGGAAAUCCCAAAAAAUCCCACAAGGACCAACAGAAAUCCCAAAAGGAUCGAUAGAAAUCCCAACAAAUCCCACAAAGACCAAUGGAAAUCCCAAUGAAUCUCACAAGGAUCAAUGGAAAUCCCAAUAAAUCCCGCAAGGAUCAAUGGAAAUCCCAAUAAAUUCUGCAAGGAUCAAUGGAAAUCCCAACAAAUCUCACAAGGAUCAAUGGAAAUCCCAAUAAAUCCCACAAGGACCAAUGGAAAUCCCAAUAAAUCCCUCAAGGAUCAAUGGAAAUCCCAAUAAAUUCCUCAAGGAUCGAUGGAAAUCCCAAUAAAUCCCACAAGGAUCAAUGGAAUUCCCAAUAAAUCCCUCAAGGAUCAAUGGAAAUCCCAAUAAAUCCCCCAAGGAUCAAUGGAAAUCCCAACAAAUCCCCCAAGGAUCAAUGGAAAUCCCAAUAAAUCCCACAAGGACUGAUGGAAAUCCCAAUAAAUCCCACAAGGAUCAAUGGAAAUCCCAAUAAAUCCCACAAGGAUCAAUGGAAUUCCCAACAAAUCCCACAAGGAUCAAUGGAAAUCCCAACAAAUCCCACAAGGAUCGAUGGAAAUCCCAAUAAAUCUCACAAGGAUCAAUGGAAAUCCCAAUAAAUCCCACAAGGAUCAAUGGAAAUCCCAAUAAAUUCUGCAAGGAUCAAUGGAAAUCCCAAUAAAUCCCACAAGGACCAAUGGAAAUCCCAAUAAAUCCCACAAGGAUCAAUGGAAAUCCCAAUAAAUCCCACAAGGAUCAAUGGAAAUCCCAAUAAAUUCUGCAAGGAUCAAUGGAAUUCCCAAUAAAUCCCACAAGGA